AUGACAGUAGCUCAUAUCAACACGAUUGACGGCCUUGAGAAGGCAUUUGGCGAGAGCGGCGACAAGCUGGUUGUUGUUGAUUACUUCGCCAACUGGUGUGGCCCUUGCGUUAGCAUGGGGCCUAAGGUCGAGGCCAUGUCUACUGAGUUCGACGGGAAAGCCGCUUUCAUUAAAGUUGACGUCGAUGCGGCAGAGGACGCAGCCGAGAAGGCCGAAAUCCAGGUUCUUCCCACUUUCGUUUUCUACAAGGGUGGUAAAGAGGUCACUCGGAUGAGCGGUGCGAGUGAAGCCCGGCUUCGUGACUUGGUCCAGGCCAACUGCUAG